CAGCUGCCGCCCCAGCCACCGAUUUUGCCGGCACAGGACGGAGCACCGCGACAGAACUCAACCAGCCCAACUUCGCCUUCACUUCUCACCUCGAGGAGCCCAUCACCCCACCAACAGCACUGACCAUUAUGGACUUCGCCUAUUCCCCGCACCGCGACACGGGUGGGACUCUGCACCUGCCUUCACCCACCCACCACGCCUACCCCGCCCACUUCUCGUCCUCGCUGCAACAGCUGCGGCGCUCCCUCUCGCGAUCGCCCUCAAAGCCCUCGCGCUUCCACUUGCGCAUGGGCAAGGCCGACGCGCCGGGCUCUCCGAUCUCGCCGCUUGCCACGUCGCGCGCCUUUAGCCCCAAGACGUUCAAGCAGACGAGCCCCAUCGCCGCCUACACCGAGUCGCCCUUUGGAUCCCAAGGCCCGCAGACGACAAAGAAGUCAAAAUUCGCCGUGCGCCGCACACUGGGUGACCGAAUCCGGUCGUCGCCGCGCAACCGCAACACCACCACCCCGAAAAGCCCGCGUCGCGCGCUGGUUGAAUCCACCGACCGCGCAAACGCCUCGCCAUUUGUGUCGCGCUCCCUCUUCGGCGAAGAAAACAUGCCGGUGCGCAAGAACAGCAUCGAUUCCUGGGACCAGGAGGACAGCGCGCGCUUCGACAUCGACGACCAGCCGAUCAAGUUCGAGGUCUUCCGUUCGCAACCCCAAACUUCAACCACACCAGCCGUCAGCCGCUUCGCUCCGCCUCAGCCGAGUCCUCUGAAGCGCCGUGAUGGUGCAUCGGAUUUCGAAUCAGCAAGUUGCGCAACCCCAAACCCCAAGAGGCGAAGCCUGCAUGCGGGUUUGCCGACAGACUUCAAUGUUUUUGAGCAGACACCGGUGCCCAAACACAGCGCCGAAGAAUCCUACACCCCCCAACAGGAACCCGAGCCUUUUAGCUUGUUUUCGACACCCGCAGCAAACACGAACUCAACGAGCUUGUUUCAUACGCCUGCGCCAAACAUGAACUCAGCGAGCCUGUUUAGCACGCCUGCUCCAAACAUGAACUCUCCUGCGCGUAGGAACACUUCAAUACGACGAGCCGUUUCUCAGCGAACUCCCGCAGGAUCACCGCGGCCAAAACCGUCCAUGGACGGCGAGUUUAUGAAGCCUGGACUGGCCGCAUCAAAAACCCGCCCUCAACGGGCUUCGUUGGACGGAUUUAACUUCUCAAGCCCCGUCAGUGGAGAUUCGGUCUUUGGCCGCUCGACAACGCAGCCUUUCAUGCGUAGUGGAGCUAGCAACCCGCAACGACAUCCACUGGCGACUACCGUAACCGCCUCUGCUUCCUCAAGUGUCGCGGGCGAUUCCCCGAUCGCUAUGCCAGUGCCCCCUACACCGGGUCCACGGAAUCCCUUCACCCAAUCGCUGCCUCUGGGAGCCAUGCGCCCACAGGAAUCCAGCGACGGAUCUUUUGGCACACCACUGCCGUAUCGACCUGCCGAGACAAACAUCUUUGCCCGAUCGACCGGCGGACUUCUGUCGAAGAAGAGUCGCGACGUGGAGUCGCCAAAGGCUGACAAGUAUCAACUCCCGGAGACACCAUCAAAGCGGCACUCCUUUCCUCCUCCAUGCGGUGCGGAAUCGCCUCUCUCACAAAGCUUCCGGACAAGCUUCCGGGAUAAAAUCCAGCAGCAACAACAACCUGUUUUCGGGACGCCUAGCAGUCAUGCCUCGAAGCUGUCUUUCAGUUCCAUGUUCGGCAACCAGGAUACUGUCUCCCAGCGGAGAGGAAGCCACGUGAGCCUCGACGGCCUCGAUGACGAUGCCUCAGUCUCACCAACUGCCAACCGGAUGACAGACAGCCAGUCCAGUGUCGACGAUAUGCCACCGACACCAACAAAGAAUGGAGACUCAUAUGGACGUCGCUCCGGCCGCUCUAGUCUCCGCCGGUCGACCUUCAAGAGACCAGUGACCAGGGGAAGCAUUGGAACAGACACCUUCACAGCACCAGAGACCUCCACAACUCCCCGGAUCGACACUGCACCACUCUUCCGCCACAGCAUAAGCGGUACUUCUCCACAUACCCCCAUUGGGAAUGAGUCAUCUACCGUGCCAGACCCCAGCAAACUCAGCAUCUCUGGCAAUCGCCCCGGUACGUUGCUCUUUGGAAGCAGUUUCGGAAGCGAUUGUAGCAACUCAUUCCCACCAAUGACCCCCACAACACCGCGCGAUCACUCAGCGUUGUUCUCACGUAAUCACACAGCAAUUCCCAUCGGACUGCCGAAAAAUGAUGUGGAUGAAUCGUUGGCCGCUCGUUUCGGGCACGUAGAGGUGCUUGAGGGUGCCAAAGGUGAAUUUUCGCAGAUGUUCAAAGUCAGCCAGCCGUUGAACCAUGGUGUCAACUCGCCCUUCUCAAGGAGCACCCUGUGCUCGGUCGUGAAGAAGACGAAGAAGGCAAUGCUAGGUCCACUCGACCGAAAAAAGAAGCUUCAGGAAGUCGAGGUUCUCAUGGCUCUCCGCGGGAACGAUCACAUUGUCGCCUACAAAGAUCAUUGGGAGCAUAGCCAGCAUCUCUACAUUGAGACAGAGUAUUGUGACAACGGCAAUUUGAAGGACUUCUUGACUAAGGGUCGCCUUGACGAUUUCAGGAUCUGGAAGAUACUACUGGAUCUAUCGUUGGGCCUAAAGUUUAUCCACGACAGCAACUUCAUUCAUCUUGACUUGAAGCCUGCCAACAUACUGAUUGACUUUGGCGGUUGGCUCAAGAUCGCUGAUUUCGGGCUCGCUACUCCUUGGCCCGCCCAGAAAGGCAUCGACGGCGAAGGCGAUCGGGCUUAUCUCUCACCGGAAGCACUUCACGGUCGUUUCGACAAGCCAUCCGACAUAUAUGCUCUUGGUCUGAUCAUGUCAGAGAUCGCUGGCGAUUGCGACAUGCCGCAAUUCGGCGACUCUUGGCAGAAGCUUCGAUCUGGAGAAUUUUCCGUCCUUCCGAGCCUGAGCUGGAGUACCCAGAGCACCCUCAGCCGAGAUGAGAAUGGCGACCCAAUCGAGUCGGCUGCCCAGGCCUAUGUCGACUCAACUGGUUACCUCACCCAAGAACUGCAGGACGAGGUGACAAAAGCCCCCAGGUUCAUGACUGACCGUGAGGAUCCCAAUUCCAUGGACGUGGUCGCAAGAGCAAUGAUAAAGUACGAUGCCGCGGAUCGUCCAACUGCCGAAGCUGUCUCUAUGGCAUUUGGUUGCCAAUGGGUGGCGAACAGGCGAUCCGCUGGUGCGACCAUUUACGAGGGAAACUUUGGACCGUCCGAAGACACCUUCGGUGGCUACGACCCGAUGAUCACCGACAAUGCCGACGCUAUGGACAUGAGCUAGCUCUGUUCCCGAUAUGCCUACUCGUCGUCAAUAUGGCAGCGCCUGACAUUGGAGUGACAUUGGACGCAGGUCGGCCCAAUGAACACUGUUCUUGCGAAUUGUGGAUAUCCACAAGCUGCUGUACAAUUUUCUGCGCAAAGGAUCGUCCCGAUGUUCGAUUAGUUAUACCUCAGCAUAACUCCCCUGGACCUCAACCCCGACGCU